AUGGCGACAACUUCCACAGCCCAGCCGUCCGCGGAUGCCGCCUAUCACCUAGACCUAGCCAUUACCCUCACAAUCAACAGUUGGCCGGCGCUCUCACUAGCCGUGCAAUCAAACUGGGGUGGCCCCAACUCAGGCGAGAAGCGGGACUGGCUGUGUGGCGCAAUCUCCGAUAUGCUAUCUGAUCGACCCGAGACUGACGCCGAAGACCUGGAGGAAGUACUUGUCCAGGUUAUGAACGACGAGUUUGACGUGGCGGUGGAUGACGAGAGCGCCGCGGACGUUGCGGACAUGAUCAUGGAGCUGAAGACGCAGAUCGAUCGUGGCGAGUUUGGCACUGUUCAGCAAAUGUUGGAGAAUUUCCAGAAGAAGAGCCAAAAUCGAUCUGCUGCGGGUCAGUUCCAGAGGGUUGAGGCCGGGGACGAGGAUCAGGAGACGGAUGAUGAGAGUGAGGAAGGUGAUGUUGAGAUGGGUGAUGCGCCUAACUUGGUGCGGGCUCCAAGGGAGCGGGCUGAGCCCGAGAUCGAUGAUGAUGGGUUUACGAAGGUUGUUGGAAAGAAGAGGUAG